AUGACCCACGGUCCGGUUCCUCCGGCUACGAUCUACGGUUCGGUUCCUCCGGUGAUGAUCCACGGUCCGGAGCCCCUGGCGACGACCCAUGGUCCGGUUCCUCCGGCGACAAUCCACGGUCCGGAGCAUCCAUCGACGAUCCCCGCACCAGAGCCACCAUUGGAGAUGACGUAUCCGCGAGCAGAGUGGGUACGUCGCCCCGCUCCGGAGCCGCCCCCAAUGAUACGUCAUGACGGGUCCAACAGUUAUCGUCUGAUGCAACUCGGUUGCCUCGAGAGCGUCGCCAACUCUUCGGUGGCCUACAGCUCGUCCUCGCCGCUCACAGCCUACCCCCCGGCGGCCACAGAGUUCGCCUCGCCCUACUUCUCAACCAACCACCAGUACACCCCCCUGCACCACCAGUCCUUCCACUAUGACUUCCAGCACUCCCACCCAGCCGUGGGCCCAGAAGCAUAUGGCCUCAACUCUCUCCACUCCGGGCAGUACUACCAGCAGAUUCACCAUGCAACACAUGGAGAUGCAGACUUCAUCAACCUGCACAGUGCCCGUGCACUCAAGUCCUCGUGCCUGGAUGAUCAGCAGAGACGCGAGUUGGGCUGCCUGGACGCUUACCGGCGACAUGACCUGUCUUUGAUGACGUCACACGGUGGACAGUAUAGCAUGCACCACGACCAGAGGCUGCUGCCUGCGGCAGGUCUGGGGCUCCCAGCCCCUGGGGCGGAUGACCUGCAGGGCUCCGUCGAGGCGCAGUGCGGGCUCAUGCUCAAUGGCCAAGGUGGCGUCAUCCGAAGAGGAGGUACCUGUGUGGUGAACCCGACAGAUCUGUUCUGCUCUGUCCCUGGCCGUCUGUCCCUCCUGAGCUCAACCUCCAAAUAUAAAGUCACCAUCGCUGAGGUGAAGAGACGCCUCUCGCCUCCAGAGUGUCUCAACGCCUCACUACUGGGAGGAAUCCUCCGCAGAGCUAAGUCUAAGAAUGGUGGUCGUUGUCUGAGAGAGAAGUUGGAUCGACUUGGACUCAACCUGCCAGCUGGUCGGAGAAAAGCUGCCAACGUUACACUCCUCACCUCUCUGGUGGAAGGUGAGGCGCUCCACCUGGCUAGAGACUUUGGUUAUACGUGUGAGACAGAGUUUCCUACCAAGGCAGUAGGAGAACACCUUGCCAGUCAACACAAUGAACCCAAGGAGACCAACGCACGCAAGAAGAUGGUGCUGGCCACCAAGCAGAUCUGUAAAGAGUUUCAGGACCUGUUGAGUCAGGACCGUUCUCCUCUUGGCUCCUCCAGACCCACACCUAUACUGGACCUGGAUAUACAGAGACACCUCACACACUUCAGGUACGCACACACACACACACACAGUAAUAUGCAAAGUCCUAAAAAUAGUCAAAUCCACUCUGCUACCCAAGGGUUAGUGGUUAGGGUUAGCUUCUACCCCCAAGUCAUAGACUCUCUUAGCACCUUCCAGACCGUUCUCAGUGAGAUGCUCAACUUCCUGGACAAACAAUCUGCCGCUGGGAACCAUGGGAAAACCUCAGGUCAGGAGACGGAAAAGACCGGAAACGCCCGUAAAAACAGCGAACCGCUCAAUAAAGAGGAGAAAGCUGAAAAGACAGAGUAA